AUGAAGAUAAGUGCGCAUCAUUGUACAUCAGUUUUGUUUUGUGUUUAUCUUAACUUAAACUAUAGUGAUGAAACUAGAACAUCUUACAUCACCAAAGCUGUUGACAGUGCCUGGGAAGCUAGUGGUAGGAACAAGCCUACCUUUGCCACUGGAAAUACUCUCAUUCAACAUGCCUCUUGUAGCAAUGAAAUUUCAGCUGUAAAUGGUGAAACAGAGCAAGAGCUUAAACAGCCAGAAUAUGAAAAUGAUGAUUAUUGUGCAGGUGCAACAGCUGCCAAAAUAACAGGAGUCGAGCUGGAGUCUUUAAUUUUUCAAGUGAAGGACAUUCUAUCACACCUUGGGGAAGGCUUCAUUCUUGAAUGUCUGGAAGAAUAUAAUUACAAUGCAGAAAAAGUAAUUAAUGAUAUCCUUGAAGAUAAAAUAGCGCCUUCACUUCGCAAAUUAGACAGAACUCUUCAGAGGCAGGUGAAAAAAGAACAAGAAUCAAUUCUGUCAACACGACAAAAUGUAUUUGAUCAUGAUGAGUUUGAUGUUUUCAGCAAAAAUUCUGUGGACAUGUCCAAAAUCUGGAAAGGCAAGAAAAAAGGGAAAGAGGGAACAAUGCUGCUUGAUGAUAAAACACACAUUGCACAGCAGAAGGAAAGAUAUAAUGCCUACAGUGUAGUAGUCGAGGAAGCACCAGUAGAAGACGGAGUCCAGUUUUAUGCAGGGGACUAUGAUGAUGAAUAUGAUGAUACUUAUGAUGGCAACCAAGUCGGAGCAAACGAUGUGGAUUCAGAUGAUGAACUAAUCAGUAGAAGACCGUUUACAAUCCCUCGAAUCCUGAGACAAAAAGAAGAUGAGGAGGAAAAUGACGACGAAUCUGAAGAGGAAGCACCAAAGGAGGAAGUUCCAAAGAGGGAUCUGUUUGUACAGGACCCAGCAUUGCUGAGGGAAAGAGCAGAGGCAAGACGUGCUACCUUCAAUGCCAGAAGAGGGUUUAAGCAUGACAAUAGUGCUGCUGUGGGGAAUGCAAGAGGCCAAGGGCAAUCGAAAGAAACCCUAAUAGAGAGAAGAAAGAAAGAGGCCAAUAAAUCCCUUCGAGCUAAUCAUAAUCGGCGAUCACUUGCAGAUAGGAAGAGGAACAAAGGAAUGAUUCCAUCUUAAAUAUUUUUCAAACAUUUUUGCCUCCAUCACAAACUUAUUUGCCUCCAGUGGCCACUUCCAGCUAGUAAAUUGGGCUCUAACUUUCCAUAAUUUCUUUUCUCAAGCAAUUAUAGCCAAAUGUGAUGCACAGUAAGGCAUGUCCAUUUUUCUCCUCAAGAGAAGGUAUUGAAUCUUUGAAAUAUUUUGCCACAUAAUUUGUCGUGUCAGUUGGCCAAUUUACCUUCUGUUGGCUUGUAGUUUGAAUGACAAGUCAAGACGACUGAAAUAAACAGUGAUACAGUUAGAUUAUCAGCUAU